ACAAACACAAAAAUCUCUAUACAUGGGGCAAACGGGUCUUUGAACAAUUACCCAUCAGAUUCACUUCAUCACGACUAAAAAGAGGCGGGUCUUUAGAGAUUAUGUUGAAUCCUAAUAUUCCAAGAAUCCUUCUCCAAUGCUAAUGACUCCAAUCUCUCUCCCUUGGUCCUAUCCACGUUCCUUAUUCGGUUACUUCCCGCGUGCAUUCAGACACCAAAGCACUCUCAAAACCGCGCCAAAUCUUCAUAAGGGGAUCCCACCACGCCAUUCUUUUCUGACAAAUCCGUAUCUUUUGCUUAAAAAUAAUUUAGCUAAUUUAGCUCGUUUUAGUAACACUGCGAUAUCCAAUGCUUUUGACGACUUCCCAGUCCAAGAAGAUGAAGGAAACCCAAAGGGAAUUGAUUUCCUCCAUAUCAUGGAAGAGCGUGGAAUUCGAGCGAAUCAUCAGACCUAUCUAUGGCUUUUAGAAGGGUGUUUGAAUUAUGGUUCCUUAUUGUGUGGUCAGAAGCUUCACGGAAAGAUUUUGAAGUUGGGUUUUGAUUCGGAGCAUGUUUUGUGUGAUCGAAUUAUCGAUGUAUACGUUGCCUGCGGUGAUUUAGAUGGUGCAGUUAAGGUUCUUGAUGAUAUGCAUAAUAGAAGUGUAUCUUCUUGGAAUAGAAUAAUCAAUGGAUUUGCUGCGAACAAGUUGACUGGUCGGGUAUUGGGUCUCUUUCGUCGGAUGACGGCUGAGAAAAUGAGUCCGGAUGAAACAACAUUUGCUGGAGUCUUAAGGGCGUGCGGGGGUAGUAAUGUUUCCUUCCACCAUGUGGAGCAGAUUCAUGCUAGGAUUAUUUAUCAUGGUUUUGGUGCCCAUACACGUGUAUGUAAUCUCUUGAUUUAUUUAUAUUUGAGAAACGGGUUUAUAGAUUCUGCUAAAAAGAUUUUUGAUAGAUUAUAUUUCAAGAAUAGUGUUUCUUGGGUGGCGAUGAUGUCAGGUUUAUCUCAGAAUGAACAUGAAGUAGAAUCCAUUCACUUAUUUUGCCAGAUGCAUACAUCGGGAAUUGCCCCUACUCCUUAUAUCUUUUCAAGUGUUCUAAGUGCCUGCGCCAAGAUAGAGUUGUUUGAUGUGGGAGAGCAGCUUCAUGGUCUUGUUUUUAAGGAGGGGUUUUCUUGUGAGACGUAUGUAUGCAAUGCUCUUGUUACAUUGUAUUCCCGCUCAGGGAACUUGACAUCUGCUGAACAGAUUUUCAGCAAAAUGCGAUAUGGGGAUGGUGUUUCAUAUAAUUCGAUGAUCUCAGGGCUAGCUCAGCAGGGUUUUAGUGAUAGGGCUCUGGAAUUGUUCAAGGACAUGCAGCUUGAUUGCUUGAAACCAGAUUGUGUUACAGUUGCAAGUUUGUUGAGUGCCUGUGCAUCUAUUGGAGCUCUUCAUACAGGAAGGCAACUUCACUCAUAUGCAAUGAAAGCUGGAAUGUCUUCAGAUCUCAUUCUUGAAGGUUCUCUGCUGGAUCUUUAUGUGAAAUGCUCAGACAUAGAUACUGCCCAUAAAUUUUUUCUUGCAACAGAGACUGAUAAUGUGGUCCUAUGGAAUGUGAUGUUAGUCGCUUAUGGGCAGUUAGGUAGUCUGAGUGAUUCGUUUGAAAUAUUUAGACAGAUGCAGAUUGAAGGCAUGUUACCCAAUCAAUUUACUUAUCCAAGUUUACUGAAAACAUGUACCUCUGUGGGAGCUCUUUAUCUAGGAGAGCAGAUUCAUACUCAAGUCAUAAAGACUGGGUUUCAGCUCAAUGUGUACGUUUGCAGUGUGCUUAUAGAUAUGUAUGCAAAGCAUGGAAAACUUGAUACUGCCCUGAAAAUCCUCAGACGACAAACUGAGGAAGAUGUUGUCUCUUGGACAGCUUUGGUUGCUGGCCAUGCACAGCAUGGUAUGUUUGCCGAGGCUCUUAAGCUUUUUUUAGAAAUGUUAAAUCGAGGGAUCCGAUCUGAUAAUAUUGGGUUUUCAAGUGCCAUAAGUGCAUGUGCCGGUAUUCAAGCCCUCAACCAAGGACAGCAAAUACAUGCUAAAUCAUGUGUCUCUGGUUACUCAGAUGAUCCUUCAAUUGGGAAUUCACUUGUCAGUCUUUAUGCUAGAUGUGGUAGAAUUAAAGAAGCAUAUUUAGCAUUUGAAAAAAUUGAUGAUAGAGAUAAUAUAUCGUGGAAUGCAUUGAUAUCAGGGUUUGCACAGCAUGGGUACUGUGAGGAAGCACUAAAAGUAUUUGUUCAAAUGACCAAAGCUGGAGUAGAAGUUAAUUUAUUCACAUUUGCCUCUGCAGUUAGUGCAGCUGCCAACAUAGCAAAUAAAAAACCGGGGAAGCAAAUCCAUGCUAUGAUUCUAAAAACUGGGUAUAGUUCAGAAACUGAGGUUUCUAAUGUUUUAAUCACAUUGUAUGCCAAGUGUGGUGGCAUAGAUGAUGCCGAGAGAGAGUUUCGUGCAAUGGUCGAAAAAAAUGAGGUUUCUUGGAAUGCAUUGAUUACUGGCUAUUCUCAACAUGGAUAUGGUAUUAAAGCACUACAUCUUUUUGAGGAGAUGAAAAAGCUUGGUAUGAUGCCUAACCAUAUUACUUUUGUGGGAGUUUUGACAGCCUGUAGCCAUGUGGGUAUGGUGAACGAGGGGCUUGACUACUUUGAAUCCAUGAGCAAAGAGCAUGGCUUAGCUCCUAAACCUGAGCACUAUGUUUGUGUUGUGAAUCUUCUUAGUCGGGCUGGUUUCUUGAGCCGUGCAAGAAGAUUUGUGGAGGAUAUGCCAACUAAACCAGAUGCAAUGGUUUGGAGGACCCUAUUAAGUGCUUGUAUAGUUCAUAAGAACAUGGAAAUUGGAGAGUUUGCUGCCCGCCAUCUCCUAGAACUAGAGCCCGAAGACUCGGCCACUUACGUCCUACUAUCGAAUAUAUAUGCAGUGGCUGGGAAAUGGGACUCUAGGGAUUAUGCAAGGCAAAUGAUGAAAAACAGGGGUGUGAAGAAAGAGCCUGGCCGUAGCUGGAUUGAGGUUAAGAAUUCAAUUCAUGCAUUCUUUGUUGGUGACCGGCUCCACCCACUAGCAGAUAAGAUAUAUGAAUACUUGAAAGAUUUGAAUGAACAGGCAGCUGAAAUCGGUUAUGUGCCGGACCAUUGUACUCUUGGAGAGCAAGGGCAGAGGGAUGCAACAGUACAUAUUCAUAGUGAGAAAUUGGCAAUUGCUUUUGGACUUCUUAGCCUAUCCAAUACAAUUCCUGUACACGUGUUUAAGAACCUCCGAGUCUGUAAUGAUUGCCAUAAUUGGAUUAAGUAUGUGUCAAAGAUUUCAAAUCGAGCUAUUGUAGUAAGGGAUGCAUAUCGAUUUCAUCAUUUUGAAGGUGGUAUUUGUUCAUGUAGAGAUUACUGGUAAGUAUGACUGCUGAAAGUCGAUCAAGAAAAGAGAAAAUUCAUUGGAGCCUACAGAGUAAAUCUUUUGUUGGAGUAUGACUGUGUAGACUCUUGUAGGAACUUCAACCACAUUUUUUAUUGCUACUUUGUACGGAGUUUUAGGGACUAUGGCUCUGAGGUUUUCUCAUCUAGAGGCCAUAACUUCUUUCAUGUUUGAUGCUAAAUUUUGUUGCGUAUAACGCGGUAUGCCUCCUCUUA